GCUCUAAGUAAAAAGUUGCAUUGACAGCCGUCGCCGCGUGCACCGACCAGCUGUGUGACGCCUGACCUCUUGAGACGCACUGGCCAAUAUUUUGAGCGAUCGUACUGAACGAAUAUCGUUUGCUCUCAAAAUAUAAUCGCACUCUGAUAAACGAGGAGAAGAGGAAAAACAACAGCAUGGCGAGUAGACUACUACCAACAUCAUCCAGCAAACAUUAGAAACAAACUUAACGAUCAGCCAUUGACUUCUGUUUGGUAUCGACCGUGUCGGUCACUAUGCAGACGCCAGCCACCUAAUGCUACAGUCUGGUGGCGCUUUGUUAGCUGAUCACGUCAUCGCCAUAGCGGAAGCGCUGGCAGGAGGAGCAACAUCACGACGACGUUUCUGCCUGUCUGUUUGCCUGCCUGUAUGGCUGUUUUGGGUUAACCAUCCGACAACGAACUAGUGCUGCUGAACUAUUCGCUGCUCUGUUGUCCGUAGUGGCCUGCGAUUCUGUUGCUGUUGCUGUUGGACCGACUGGUGGACGCACGUUCCGUCGUCGCCUCAUCGAAAACGAAACGGUCAACUUUAAUAACAAAAACGCAAGCAACUGAGUGUGGCGGGUGUUUGUACUAUAUGUACGAGAAGUGUAGAAGGCUGGAAAAUAUAACAAUUGUGGAGUUUUUCGUAGUGGUCAAUUUCGUGGAAAAUUUUUCCUGAAAUUGUUGUGUUUUUUCGUAUUUGCUCGUGCCGUCGCCUGCCCUCCUCCGUUUGUGUACCCCCACGACCACCAUCAUCACCAUCAGCGCCACCAUCACUACCAUCGGACAAAGUGGUGCAACGUCCAAGCAUUGAUACUCGUGGUGUUCUAGUUAACGAUUGAAGAGGAUAGUCGUUGUUGCGGCAACAAUGGCCAAGAAGACGUACGAUCUCCUAUUCAAAUUGCUGCUCAUCGGUGAUUCGGGUGUGGGCAAAACGUGUAUCUUGUUCCGCUUCUCCGAUGACGCUUUUCAUUCGACAUUCAUCUCGACGAUCGGAAUCGAUUUCAAAAUCAAAACGAUUGAGUUACACGGCAAGAAAAUCAAACUACAAAUCUGGGAUACCGCAGGACAGGAGCGGUUCCACACAAUUACUACGUCGUAUUAUAGGGGAGCGAUGGGCAUUAUGCUCGUCUAUGACAUUACUAAUCAGAAGAGUUUUGAAAAUAUUGCCAAGUGGCUAAGAUAUAUCGACGAACACGCAAAUGAAGACGUAGAGAAAAUGAUUCUUGGUAACAAAUGUGACAUGGAAGCCAAGAGGGUGAUUAGUAAGGACAAAGGAGAGGCGAUCGCGCGGGACCACAACAUCAAAUUUCUUGAAACGUCAGCCAAAGCGAAUAUCAACAUUGAGGAGGCGUUCACGCAAUUGGCCGAGGCUAUUCUGCAGAAACAGAUGUCUGGGAGAGCAAUUGAUGCAACAGCUCAGGAUAAAGUGAACGUCGCAGGAGGCGGUGACCGAAGCCGGUUCGGAGCGAACUGCUGCAACUGAAUGCAUCAGAGCGUCACAGCGAUCUUCCUUGCAUCUGCAGAUGAAGAUAGACAACAAAACAAAGGACAUCUACGGCAUUUCUUAUUUUAAUAUGCUGUAGAGCUGUUGUACAUGACAACACCGAUUACGACAGAUGGAGAAACUGCAGAGAGCAGUUGCGCGCUGAACGAAUUCGAACAAUUGCUGGCGAUUCAGGACCCUGAUUGGUGAGGUUGAUCAGUCAAGCCAGUUUGCUGUGAGCAGAUCACCCACCCCACAGUUUACAGUGAAUUUGUUGGCAACGAUACGGCGGCUAAUGAUGAGGACGUCGAAGACGAUCUUGACGAUAAUUUUGACGAUAACUAACACCAUGAAGAUAAUGAAGGCAAAAAUAGCCUGCUAGCAGUACGCAUUAAAAGCAAUCAUCCGCUGGACGAACUGUUGCUGGGACUCGUAAAACUGUGUAACUCUGUCAGUUUAUAAUAACUACUGAAUAUUAUACGAUAUUAAAAAUAUAAUAAUAAUCAUUAAUAAUAACAAUGAUAAUAGAUUCAAGGAUGUUGUCCGGGUAAACUGAAAACUGUGCUUGGGUUGAUUGGGUUCUUCGUAGGCUGGAUGAAAUCAUAGAACUCAACGGUGAUCAUGGUAACGGGGACAGAUUAAUGCUGAUGCAGAUGACAUGAACUGACAAUAAGGUGGCGCAAAUGUAAUAGUAACAAUAAGAAAAUAUACUAAGUAUAUCAAUGUGAAAUAAGCAGUGCUGAUAUGCAAGUUGAGGAGACUCCGGACGUUGAAAUUUAACGCAGCAAAUACUUUGGUGAAGUUAGUUAUUGAUCGGUGGGUCGUCAGUCGUUAGGAGCGAACGGGCAAGCGAGUGAGUUGAUUGUAGUACCUGUUCUGUGAUUCCACUGCUAUCUUUGAGUGUACAAAACAAGCAAAAUAAAUAGCAACACGAGCAACAAAUGCGGUGAGCAAAGGAUAACGGUAACUUCGACGAGUUUAGGAACGGGAAGUAGCUAAAAAAUAAACAGAGCACGAAACACGAUAAUGAUAAUAACAAUAAUAAACUAAAAAUAAACAGCGUCACCAUAAUAAAAUAACAACACAUUGAAAUCUUAGUAUUAUACGUGCGUGUGUAAAUGCGGGUUUAAUUGUGGAAAAUCGGUUUGUCUAGUGACCGACCGCUGACAGGGUUCGAGAGUUCGGCGGAGCAAAGGACGAGGGGGUAAACGAUGGGCUUGAACGUAAAGAAAAAACACAUUGAGGCAAAUGAAAUAUGAAAAUUCUAGCGCCUAGCAUCGAAGCAGCCUAGAAGAAUAGAUACAUUAUACGUAAAUACGUGUAAAAAUUUUCUAUUAUGGCAAUUCGGUGCCGUUGUAAAGCUUUUUUUCCGCUAUUCUUUCGACGAAUCGAACAGUCUCUGUUGAAAGAUUCGUUGCGUUUUCAUUAUUCAAGUGGACGUGUGCGAUUGUGUAGUAAACUAAACUGUACCUUGUUUCUUUUUUAACUAGAAAUAUCGAAGCAGCCUGACUUAUAAUCAGUUUUCAGUGUCACACCUGUCCUCUAGCCUGACCCAGUUGGUAAAUACGAUAGAGAUAUCAUAUUAAAAGAAAAACUUUUUCGCUGAUGAUCCUUCUCUCUAUGAUGUGCCCUCUUCUCGAUGCUCUUUGAUCCUAUUCAUAUCCCUCAACUCAAUAGAACUGUUGCUUUGUAUGCGAGUAGCGCGAACCCUGCCUAAUUAUAGUGGUACUUAUAUUCGGUGAAUGAAGUUUUGGAAUUAACAAGAGUUCUUAUUGUCGUAGGUCUGCCGGCUUGUUUUCGCCUGGGCAUGCCUCACUCGUAAGGGAUAUCCAUCAUCACCAUUGAUAUUCCGUUGUUGGUAUCUCCAGAACUAGACAGACGCAUGCGAACUACAUAAGAUAACAUGAACCUCACGAAGAUGCUGUGUUGCAAAUACGUCGCAGUGAUGCCUAUGGAAUGAGAACAAAACGAAAGUUAUAAUUCAUAAUUUUAACCAACUGCAAUAAAACAAAAGAAAAUAAGGGUGGGGCACCCCAAAUUCAGGUAAAGCACUGCGAGAAGUGCAAAGAUAAAAAUACGUCAAAAGAUACGCCCGUUUCAACGGUAAAGACUAGCUUUUAGACGAAUCAUGACCUACUGACAACGACUACUGUUGUAGGUAAAUUGAAGUGUGCUUGAAAUUUCAAUGUUAAUUACCUCCUCCUUCUGUUUUGCAUAAUCAUUAACAAACAUUAAAUCGAUCUAUCGAUGAUCUGAUAGCUGUUAUCGAAGGGUAGCAUAUAGCUGCCUGUCUGUGUGUACUCACAAAAAAAGCACGGAAUUGGAAAAUAAUAAUGAUAGCCAACAUUAGCAGCGGCGAACCCACAUGAGUUAAAGCGGAAUGCGGCAGGGCGACAGUACAGUGACUAUCAGUGGGUUAGAGGAAGAAAGUCAUAUAGGAAAUAGCAGAUAGCCUAACUACCAGGUAUGCUAUUUCCGCGGGACAUUACCCACUACUUUUUGUACUGCCAACUUAGGCUUAUGGUAGCGUACGAGUUGCAGUAUUCAGCCGCAUUACUGUUCCAACUGAUUGCCUACGAUAAAAUACUGGUGGUAGUGAUAAUAAUUAUAAUGAUGACGAUGGUGGCAGUAGAAAACCUACGUGUUGGUAAUGAGAUCCCGCUUCCAGGUAUUCCAAAAGCCUUUUUAUAUUUUUAUACCUACAACUAGGACAGUUACAUAGGCACAGAAGGAGGAAGAGAAAGGAAAUAUCAGAAAGCUAAAGGCCAACAACAUAUGACAACAAUAAUGACGAUAACAGUAAUUUAGGGAAUAAUGAUAGAGAAAAUAAUAAAAAUAGAACGGUGCACGGUAUGAGUGCGGGUUGGAAAUGGUGUGUAUGAGGAUAUCGAUGUUACUCAUAUGGUUUGUUUAAGAUGCAUGGGGUCAGGGAUACUUCAUUCGAGUCGAGAAAUAUUGUUUAUAGUUCUAUAGACAAACGAAAAUGAGGAACAGAAGCAAUUCGAAUUGGUUAUAGUGGGCCGCAAAAAAGGCAACUAAAGGAUCAACGGGAGUUACGAUACUAGCGUCGGUUCAUCAGUAAAAUCUGUUCAAAUAUUCUAUUUCAACGCACUGAUUCCUCAAUUUCUUAUGAACUAAAAACGCUCGAACUGAAAAGCAAAAAAUGCGGGUGUCUGUUGUUAAUAGGCUUCGAAGUGAAGCGCAAAUGGUCUAAUUGCCGGCGUCCGAUAACCAAAACCGCCAAGCUUUAACCAAAAAGAAAUGUUCACCCAUGGGGCGAACCCAUUAGAGAGUAAACGUAAGUACACUGUCAGUAAUAGCUAACCAUGACUUUUACCUCUCCGAAGGUGAUUUCUCCUCUUGGAAAUAAGGCCCGUCGAAUGCUGUUGACUUGGAAACAGGCGCGACGCACCAUUGUCCAGAUGGGGACCACAGAUGGGAUCACGGCGUCGGAACACCGAUAGCUCACCAUCUAACCGUGCGCUAGCAUAGGGCUUAUGGCGCGUUUGAUUUUACGAUGAUCGAAACAAGUGCAAACUUUCUUGUGAACUUGCUAACUUUCGGCGGUUACGAAAAAAAUUGAAAACUGUUAAAUCGAUAUGACAUGGGAUAUAUAUAUAUAUAUACAUAUAGGUAUUUAGGUCGACUGUUCUUCAUUGUCAUUUGUCCUUGUUAUUAGAUCUGCGAGCUUCAGCCCUGCCGAAGAAACGAGCAAAGUGAAAUCGUGUCGGGAAAGGCCAUGCGAAUUGGUUCAUGUGAAUUCCUUUUUAUUACGCGUGAAGUAAUAACCUUUACACAAAAGUUGAUAAUACAGCAACGGUUUUGUUUAACCUAUGCUGAUAAUGACAAAUGAAGAAUCAAAUCCGCGUCAAACAGAUUAGCUAAACGGCGUUGGGUGGGGAUGAAUGGUCUAGUUGAUAAAAAUGUGAAAGUUUAAUUAUAUGAUAACGGUAAUAUUGAUAAUAAUAUAAUAAUAAUAACAGUGAUGGUAUUAUAGAGAGAAACAGACACGUGUAACAUGCAAAAAACACCAAAAUAUCUCGCGAAACAGCUGGAUGACACAGUAAUGAUAGCAUAACAGCAGAACUAAGAUGAAACGAAAAUUUCAAGAAUGCACGCACUUAGGCUAGAGAGGUCUUUAAGACAAGGAUAAAAAUAUUAAAUAAAAAAUAUAAAUAAUUUUUCAA